AUGGAAUACCUCAAGACGUGCACCACGAAUGCGCAAGUCAUUGGAGACUUCGAAGCUGUCGCCUACCAGGCCUUCUCCGUCGCCCGCACCGCCGCCCUCGCCGACGGGAGCCCCUCGGAGGACACGCGCGCUGUCGAGGCCGCCCUGCGCGCACGCCAGCUCUUCGUAGCACGUGACCCCACCAGGCCCUGCCUAUGGCUCUUCACUCCCACCGCUCUCGACCACGCCGCCUCGCACCCUGCCGACCUGCCCGACGUCCCAGGCUAUCUGCUGCAACGCGAACACGCAGGUCUCACAAAAGCCCUCGAAUACGCACGUCCGCCCUUGGCUGUUCGCUACCCCCCUGCAGCUUCCUACGCCGCCCUGGCCGCCGCCCAGAACAACGCCGCCCACUUUGCCGACACGCGCGCCACCCCCAGCACCAGCAGCCAGGCCACUGCCUCGGACCAGCCGCCGCCUCCUGAUUGCUUCACCGUCUACGAGCUCUUCACCUCGUCUGUCGUUGCCCUCAUCACCCUGUCCCUGGUCAAGGAAUGCGCCGUGACCGCGCUCAACUACCGUACCUUGAUAUCCAGGCCCGUCUUCCACUCGCACCAAGACGCCAUCCCCGCCUCCGACCUUCGCGCCGACCCGCACUGGCUCACCAGCAUCACCGUGCAAUGGGCGAGCUCCGGUACGCUCGUCGUGUCGACCUUCACCGAACAGAAUCACGACAUCAACUGCCUGCAGGACGUCUCCACCGACGCCGAGCGUAAGCGCCUGGUCGGCAAGUGUGUGCGCGUGGCUCCCAAUGGCGCGCUCGGCAGGAUCAUAACUUUCGACGACCCUCUGCACCUCGCCCUCGAAGACGCUGCCCAUCGCCCGCGCAGAAAGCGAGCCAAGAGAAGCACGCUGGAGCAGAGCAUUGAAAAAUGGAAGAGCACCGUCAAGCGCUGGCUCUCUUGGAAGGGCUACUCGCUGCCCAACCUUGACUGCAGCAGCGCCUGGGUCAGGCUGCGCACCACGUUCAACGACCAGCCAGCCGCAUCGGACUGCGUCUUUGUCUCUUCAGACCAAGACGUGCUGUGGCCUCGGGCGUUGUGCUACUACUACGGAGCGUCCAGUGAGGCAGAGCCGCCGGCGCCGUUGGGACAUGGCCCUGGCACGGCCGACAGCGUACUGGCGUGGUUCGAGGGCCUCGAGUCGGCAGGCUUCAGAGACCCCUACGACGUUGCCCAGGAAUGGCUCACCGGCAAGGCGGAGCGCGACAAGAAGAUGUUGGAUGCACAGCGCAAAGCCAAAAAGGCCGAGGAAGACGUGGCCCAUCACAAAGAGGAGGUCCAAGGUCUGUUCCCGUCGUCGCCGCUCAACACGCGAAUCGGCGCCUACGGAGAGCUCCAACCCGUCAGCGGCGUGUAUCCAACGCCCCCUGACGGUGUUGCGCCGGGCGCCUCCAUCUUCACCAGCGACACACCCAGCGUCACCGGUGCAGCUGCAAACGUCAUUCUCGCACCUGGCGGCACCAACCCUGCCAUCAACCUGUCAGCGCCGCAGGACAGUGCGCCAGCAGCAACGACACAGCAACCGGCCACGUCCCCCGCGGCAGCCGCAGAGACCAACCAGUUUGACACAUCUGGCGGCAAUGACGACCUUUUUGGAGACGACAUGGAUGACGACAGAUACGAGAAUGUCGUUGGUGACGAUGACUUUGACUUUUUUGACAGGCCCAACGACGGAGACGUGGAGAUGACGGACGCCGCACCAGCUCCAGACACCAAACUCGCAGUACUCGAGACGCCCAAGCCGCCUGUCAGCGUAAAGGCAGAGAGCAAGGAGGAAGCGUCCGACCCCCUAGCGUCGCUCGAAAACCCACCUGCUUCCGCAGCGAGCGACCCAAUCGCAGGUCCAGCGCACCAGGCGCAAGAAAAGCACACUGUUGCUGCUCCCGAGCACGACACCACUAAGCUGGACAGCGAUGCGCAAGACCAGCAAACGCCAUCGGCCAAAGCGUACACACCUCCGCUGAGCCCGAGCAGAGUACGAGAUGCACUGAAAGCCUCUCCAAAGAACGCACUGCCCCUGCACAUACCGCAGAACGAGCUUCAAGACCGCCGGGGCAGCGCGUUUGGUCCUCUCGCCUUCAGCCGCAAGAUGAGUAUGUCUGAUGCGAAAUACCAAGGUGGGCGUCAUGGGCCUCACACCGAUACCGAGCCUAAAGAAGAUCAACUUGAACACUCUCGACCCAAGAGCCUUCGAAAUGUGCCGCUGCUCACCAAGCUUCGCUAUGCAGUCGCACUUUCAUCGGCGGCCAAUUUGCCAAAGAUUACACCCUCCAUCAAGGGCGCUAGUGACGACUCGGGUUCUGAUAUCGACUCGGAGAGCAUGAGCUCUGAUGUGUCAGACGAGGAUGCUGACGCCCUUCUCCCCACGGUUUCGACAUCCUUCACAGGCGGCCCCAUCGUGUCGGCCAAGAGGAAGCUACCGACAGAGGGCAACGCUACGCCACUGUCUGUCACCUCGUUCGCUGAAUCGCUCGGUGGAGACCUGCUCGAGCUCCAGAACCUCCACCUCGACGAAAGCUCAUUGCUCACAUUCGAGCCAAGCGGUCGGGAUUGGUCUCUGGCGAAGCUCCCUUCUCCGCUGGAGAGACCGGUGGUGGGCGCCCGUCACAGCAUGCCGUUGUUUCCGCAUCCCAUCGGCCAAGUCCCGGAUACGCCCACGUCACAGCCAGAUGCUUACUUUGAGACCCCAGACGACAGGCCAGCCAGCGGAGCAGACAGCAUCAACGUAGUGCAGAUGAUUGCCGAGCAAAUCAUCUCCGCCACGCUCGACAUCCUCGACGAAGACCCCGCAACACCGCCUUGUGCUGUGCACAGCUCGAUGGGGAAGCGCUGGAGUGCUGUCAUCAAGGAGCUGUUCCCAAAAUCUGCCGACUGUAACCUGCCUGCGCUAGCAGCUGUCAACGAUGUCUUCCCCGAAAUGUCAGCUCACCCCAAGGGGCAGCAGAGGAUUCCGGCGCGGAAACCGAACGAGACCCCGCCGAUUCCUGGAAGUCAGAUGUACCUGAUUAACCCGCCUUUCAUCCGGGUGCGGCGUGGGGAGACUCCUUGGGACCUGCUGCCGCCUGCCGUAGCGUUUUGGGAGUCGCUGGGGCUGGCGCCAGUCAAUGGGCCGAAGAACGUGGUUGCCUUUUGUAUCUACCCACAUAGCGACUCGCUGAGGCCAUGCCUGGAGGGUUUCCUUCUGCACAUGCAGCUCGCCUACGAUACCUGCAAGCUCGGGACCCAUACGCGAGUCGAGACUGUGAGCGAGUACGAGGGCGGUCUGGUGCCUUGUAGAGUGGCGACGCCUGCAGCGCCUCGUGCCGUCUACAAGGCACUGCGGGAGACGUGCGUCCAGCUCGGAAAGGUUUUGGCUGCAAGACACGUCCACAUUCGUGAACAGCACGACGCGAACGUCGACGCCUUCAUCAUCUACAUGGUCAAUCCGUUCGACGAACCCUCCGCCCUGUGGGAGCUCUGCGCCUCCUUCUGGACCCUCUUCCAGACCUACGGCCAAGGCCCAGCGCACGCGGGCCAGCCACAGAAGCCGGAUCUUGUUCUCCAAAUCAUACCCAUCAAAUACAUUGCCUCCUUCAACCAUCCCGUCAUCCUCCCCAGCAACACCUACGUCAAGCUCGCCCACGAAGUCUACUCCCGCAGCCCACCCAGCACGCCCAACGAGGACAAGACCCCUCUCCCCAUCGCCUCUGCACCUGCCUUUCAGCUCGAAGAGUCGAUUCCUCGCGUGGUGCCGUUCAAGUUGCAGUCUCAUCCUCCGCAAGAUUUGCUGAGGGAGAACUCGUACAUACACAUGGCAUACGCCAUCAGUCUUGACGGCACAUGGUUGACUGCUGCAUGGACCGAUAGCUGCGGGAAGAGCCAGGCUACGUCAACGUACCACCUCGGCACGCGCCCAUUUCGCGAGCUUGCAAAGGAGAUCUGGGCGACCACUGUCUCGAUUGUAGAGGCGAGGAAAGUGCAGUGGCGUGUCUGCAUCGCGCGCGCGGGCGUCAUGGAUAAGGAAGAGCUGGAAACGUGGGUGUUUCUCACCUCCUGCCCUACGCAGUUGAACCUGUUCAUUACGCUCCUCAACGUAGACACGCAGCCGUCAUAUCAGUUCACCGCCACAGCGCCCGCCUCAACGAGUCAAAGCAAUCCAAACACCCCAGCCGCCACACCCGGCGCAGGAGUCUCUCCAGAUCCCACGCUUGGCCUUACGCCCGCCGCGACACCGUCCGCCGUUGACACUGCAGCCGAUCUCACACAAGACCCGGACGCGCGCCUCCUAGACGUAACGGACGAGACCUGGGGCAUCAUCCUCGCGCACCGCCUCCACAACAGCAACUCCACCAACCAGUUCAACCCCGCGCUCAUCUCCGGUCUGCUCGUGAAGCGCGGGCCAACCCAUGCCACAUCAGCAGGCACAGCCCGAGAAGAACGCCCCAUAGCCAUUGCCGUGAACAUCCUCUGGAUUGGCGCCGUCGGCAGCACCCGCGCCACCGCAUCACCCUUCCCGCCUACACCAGGCGGCUCAGACCCGGCCGGCAGCUCCUAUCUCUCGGGCGGGUCUCAUCCUCCGCCACCGGGCACCGCCAGCCAGCCGCCCACGCCCACCCAAAGCCCCCAGCAGACGAGCAGUCUCAUGUGGACGCCCACACCGCAGACGCGCGUCACGGCCGAGAACCUGCUGAAAGAAAUCAUGCAGCAGUUCAGGGGCUUGGGUUUGUUGGCCAGACUGCGAGGUCUAAGGGGCGGCAGACACGGGACCGUGCCGUGGCACAUCAACGCGGCGCUCCGGGGGGUCGAAGGGCUCGGUCGCGUGACGGGCGGCCGGUGA